AUGGAAGGUCAGUUGGAAAGUGAUCUCUCCGAGGAACUAAGCGACACUCCACCCCCUCAAUUGACGCGUGAAGUAGCGGUGCCUGAGAAUGUGGCUGAACAUGAUGCGCUUGUGGAAUCUGGAGAAUUCGUCGAUAACUUUUCUGAUCAAAAGCUCACCGCUACAGCAAAGACAAGUGGUUUGAUCACAGUUAGCUUACCACAAUUUGUCCAACCACUGAUGACAUCAACACAACAGCCCAGUUUGUUUCUUUCACAAGCUGCACAUGCUCGUAAUGACAUGUUCGAAAACGAGGACAAGCAGGAAAUAAGGCCGUAUCGCAGCGAGAAGCUCUGUAACUACUUCGUAGCAAAACCUAAAAAUACUUUCCAUACAAGGGGACAUAAAGUCAAUGUAGCUCCUUGGCUGAACCUUUCUGGUAAGAAACAUACUGCUGUCACAGAAGAACGUGUAAAAAUGAAAUGUGAAAACAAUUUUUCUGGAACGACGGUGUGUAGGACAAGCUGUGAAACACCCAGGCAAGGACUGAAAGCUGAGUAUUAUUCUAAUUCUCGCUCCCGUAAGUCUUCAUUCUCUACUCCAAAAACAGGACAGUGCUCAAGUGAUCCAGUUAUUGCUGCCGUUAUCGGUGGAAAACUAGACGAUGUUCAGGAUGCCGUCGAGGCCGGAUAUGAUGUAAAUCAACGUGAUGAUAAAAAACGCACUCCUUUAUUUAUAGCAGUGGAAAUGGAACGUCUGGAUAUUUGCCAAUGUCUUGUUGAGCGUGGUGGAGCAGUUAUUAAUGCGAAUUGUGGUUCUGACUGCAACACUGCUCUGCAUGUUGCUGUGUCACGAGGAAACGAAGAAAUCGUCAAAUAUUUGCUGUCGAAAGGAGCCAGCAAAACGAUCCGCAAUAUCAGGCAGCAAACACCCUCACAACUGGCUCAGCCUCAUUCACCUCUCCGCCUUCUUGUAGAGAAAUACCGCACCCAUCCGAAGCAACCAUUCGUUGCCCGCUUGCCUGAUGUCUAUGUCGUGUGUAUUUCUCGAGAAAUUCGAAAGGCUUUGUCAUACCACGACCUCUCCAUUAUUAAUAAACUGAUGACAGUCAUUGACUUUUGCGAUGAGACAACAACUCACUAUGUAGUUUCAGUAGAUGCGGACGGUGCUUGCAGUAGUAAUGCCGAUCUUCUGCGUGCAAUGAUGCAAAACACCCGUAUAAUGAGCACCGAGUGGUUAAACGAGUGCAUUCGACAAGAAAAGAUAUUGCCUCAUACAAAGUCAUAUGAAAUGAGUGUAUUGCAGGAACCAGGGCUAUUCCAUGGUUGCAUCUUCUAUUUCCUUGCGAAAAAGUAUAGAGGCAUUGAUGAUCGUCAUCUGCUUCGUGACUUGAUACGUCUGGGAGGAGGUGAGCUCUCUGCAAGAGAACCUAAGUUCGUUCCAAACGCUCCGGCACCAUUCCAUGCGCCGCAUCUCUCCUCUCCGUUGUUCAUCAUUUAUGACGUUACUGUAACAGCAAAUACUGGUGAAAAACCGUGUACGAUUUUUUCUAGUGUGGUUGACCACAUACCAUCGUCUCGCUACGCUACUGUGAGAAAUAACCGGGCGUCACUAUGUUUGUAUACGCCGGAUUUUAUACCUUGUCCUCUUUUCACAUAUUCUAGAAGUGCUAGAUAUUCUCCUGUCGCAAAUCUUUGGGCAUUUUCUAUCCACGUCUUGCGUCUAGAUGGAAUACUAGCUCUUCAUGCCACCUCUUUACUACAAGAUUGUGCUCUGUCUCUCUGUCUAUCAUUGAAGAACGCUGUCGGUCUCUUUCCACCAACGAGAAUGGAAGCUCUUCAUCCGGCUUUCUUUUCUGUGAAGUUCUCGCAGUUUGUGAAGCUGCUGCAGCUGAAAUAUGAGAAAUUAUAA